CGGAGGCAAAGGCCAAAUUUGACUUCUUGAGCAGUUAUUUCUAAUGGUUUAAAUUUUGAAUGACUAGUCAAUAAUGACAAAGUCCACUAGACUAUAUAUCAUUUACACUCCACUAAUUUGUGACUCUUACUUGUUAUCUAUAAAAUGUAUGGAAUUAAAAGGCCUUAUAAUUAUCUACCCUUCUUCAGAUGUUUAUUGCAGUCUGGAGGCAAGAUCUUCCCCCAGUACAUCUUGAUGCUCGGGAUGCUCGUGGAGUCGCAGACACUGGUAGAAGAGAGUGCUGUUCAAGGAACAGAGCACACUCUUGGGUUAAACAUAGCACCUUUUAUUAACCAGUUCCAGGUGCCUAUCCGUGUGUUUUUGGAUUUAUCUUCAUUGCCAUGUGUCCCUUUAAGCCAGCCAGUGGAACUCUUAAGAUUAGAUCUGAUGACGCCGUAUCUGAACACUUCCAGUAGAGAAGUAAAGGUCCGCAUUUGUAGAUCUGGACGAGUGACCGCUGUCCCAUUUUGGUUUCAUUUGUGCCUUGAUGAUGAGGUCAGGCUGGACACGUCAGGUGAAGCCUCCCACUGGAAGCAAGCUGCCGUGGUUCUGGACACCCCCAUCCAGGUGCAGGCGGGAGAGGAGCUUGUGCUCAGUGUGCAGCAUCACAAGAGCAAUGUCAGCAUCACAGUGAAGCAGUGAGAGAGGCUGUAAUCAUGGGAGGAAUGUAAAUUUCCUUGUCGUGCUCAAAGUAAAGCGUUAAUAAAGCACAUGGUAACGGUCUUAA